UCAGUGAUGGCGGCUUCGCUUCGUUCUCUCCCUGUAAGCUGUAAUAACAAAUGGUACUACACCCGGCAACAGAUCGACAACAACCCAUCACGGCGAGCUGGACUCGAUCCGGACAAGGAGCUCUCGUACAGACAACAGGCGGCCAACCUGCUGCAGGACAUGGGACAGCGACUCAAUGUGUCCCAGCUUACAAUUAAUACGGCCAUCGUGUACAUGCAUCGUUUCUACAUGGUCCAGUCCUUCACCAGAUUUCACAGAAAUGUCAUUGCUCCAGCAGCUCUUUUCCUUGCUGCAAAGGUGGAGGAGCAGCCCCGAAAGCUGGAACAUGUUAUUAAGGUGGCCCAUGCCUGUCUCAACCCACAGGAACCCUCGCCAGACGUUCGCAGUGAUGCCUACCUGCAACAAGCCCAAGACCUGGUCAUUCUUGAGAGCAUAAUACUCCAGACCUUGGCGUUUGAAAUCACCAUCGACCAUCCACAUACGCAUGUUGUCAAGUGCACCCAGCUGGUUAGAGUUGUUUCAGCAAGUAAGGAUCUUGCUCAGACGUCUUACUUCAUGGCAACCAACAGUCUCCACUUGACCACAUUCUGCCUGCAGUACAGUCCGCCGGUCGUGGCUUGUGUGUGCAUCCAUCUUGCCUGCAAGUGGUCCAACUGGGAGAUUCCUGUUUCUACAGAUGGCAAACACUGGUGGGAAUAUGUUGACCCCACAGUCACCCUCAAGCUUCUGGAUGAGCUUACACACGAGUUCCUGCAAAUUCUGGAGAAAACACCCAGCCGAUUAAAACGCAUCCGCAACUGGAAGGUACAGCUUGUUUCCGCUGCAGGAGGUCAGACACCAAAGACCAAGCCAAAAGUCCAGGAGGAUGGUGACCAGAGGGACACCAUGAUGAGCAUGAUCUCUAUGGCCUCUUCAGAGAGCACUGUGGCAGGCCUGAUGAGCCUCUCUGCUCCACCAGCCGCUUCAUCUUCGUCGUCAACAGCUGACAAGGAGAGGACACCUGGCAGCGCUCAGACCUGGAGUGGUAAGAGUCAAGGCGGACCUGAGCAGCAGCCCAACCACGAAGUCCACACCCCUGCUAAGGUGUCCUUAAGUGAGUACCGUGCCAAGAAUGCAGAUGUACUGGCUGCUCAGAAGAGGAAGUUGGAGAACAUGGAGGCCAGUGUGAAGAGGGAGUACGCCAAUGCUGCUCAGGCUCUCAUUGGUCAGCAGCAGAGGAAGGAGAAACAGCAGCAUCAUCACCAGCAGUCCAGUUCGUCUUCCUCUGACCUGUCGAACCCAUCACCCAUUAUUCUCAAAAUUCCUCUGGAGAAGGAGAGACACGAUAGAAGUUCUUUGAAAAUGAAGUUCCCUCUCGCUGGUGGAGGCAGCAGUUGCCACAGUGGCAGAGGACAGGACCAGGAUAUUAAAGUGCGUAUUCGUAUGCCUGAGAAGCAAAGGGGGAGUUCGGGUGAGGAGGGCAAGAGCAGGGACAAGCACAGGGAGCGGUCAAAUCACCACCACCACUCCUCGAGGAGCGCUUCGCUUUCCUCCUCACACAAACACUCAUUGAGUUCCGGUGGUGCGUUAGGAAGCAGCAAAAAAGUCCCUAAUGACUCGUCUCGAACGAGCUCCUCAUCUUCCUCUGCCUCUCGCAAGAGGAUACAUCCUCAAGAUCCCUCUGCAGGAUCUCACUCUGCUUCUAAAGUGAGCAAGUCUUCUCGGAAUCCCUACCAGCUACCUUCCCUGUCUUCCUCCUCUGGCCCAACACUGGCAUCUGACAUCCUCCCUGCCCUUGGCCUUCCCCACCACCAAGGAAGCUAUUCACAUCCCAAAGGUGAAAAGACAGACACCAAUGGACACGGGGCAACAGGUGUCGCCCAGUCCAAUGAGUACCAGGACACUUUUGAAAUGUUAAACUCGCUUCUGAGUGCGCAGGGGGUCCAGCCAUCCCAGCCGUCCAUGUUUGACUACAGAACCCAGUAUGGGGACUACAGGUACUCUGGUGGAUCCAGAGGGGGCAAUGCCAGACCCCCACCCCUGCCUUCAGAUCCUCCUCCACCUCUUCCACCAUUACCCAAAUGAGUUUUUGAUGUAUGCUGCUGUCUGUUACAUAAAGUAUUGUAUGAUUUUAGACAUUUUAUAGGCGUUAAGAGCUGAUGCAACUUUUAAAGCAUUUUAUUUUUACUGGUCACGCGAGGCUUGAAAAGCCGAAGCUUGAACAUGUGAGGGAAACAUUCACAUGAAGAUGUAGAUACAAUUUUGGCUGCAAUCAAAUUAAUUUAGAGGAUGCAACAUAUUUCUCCCUCUCAAUUUUUUGAGGAAAUUAAGAUUAGAUCACCACACCUGUCGGGUUGGCACUUUUAUAGUGUUGUUGAUUUUUGUUUAUUUAAAAAAAAAAAAAAAAAAAAUUGUAAUCCUGUUUUUGUCAACAAUACUGUUUAGACAGCUUCCAGAGUCCAUCUCCAAAACACUUUUUCUUUCCUUGAACAGCCAUAACCUAAAAAAUGGGCUUUCCCUGCUCUGUUGGUGUCCUGUAUUAUAUUUGGUAAAUGUAUGCAAAGAUUGUAAAAUGUUUAAACCAAUACACAAAAUAUUUUUACAUUUUGUUAAGGAAAAAAGGUGCAAAAAAUGAUGUAAAUUAUCUUUUUUUUUCUUUUUUUUCUUUUUUUUUUUUAGAUUUUUAGUGUUGCAGUCAUUGUUUUAAAUGGUUGUAAAAUUAUGUCAGUUUUAAAGACGUCAUACUUAUUGAAAAGACACAGAGGCUAUUGGAUACAGGUUUAUUGGUAAAGGGAUUCCAGUACUUAAAAAAAAAAAAAUCAUUCAUUAGUUUCUUCUGCAAUGAUGUACAUUUAUUUGAUGGUGGUUACAUUGUGGGAACCAUAUCUAUCAUAGCUCAGUAAAGGAUAACUGAUACCUUGUCGUUUAUUUAGACAUGCCUUUUUUGGGAGGUGUUUUAUUUUUUUCAAGUGUCAGUCUCAUUGUACACUUGUGAGUUGAUGUUGGUUUGAUACAAUCAUUAAAGUUGUCUUGAUUAAUUUGGAUUGUAUAGUCAACAAACCUGUUCAAUAUUAAGUAUAUGUUAUCCAUCCAGAUAAUCAACAAUGCUUGCUUUUUUUGGCUGAGCAAAUCCCGCUUUAGGAUUUAUUUUGUUGUUUGUUUGGCGCUGUCAAAUCAGCCAUAUCCUCAAUAUGUGAGUAAACUUUGGUUUUACUGAAAUAAAAUUUUGUUUAACUCUGUGAAAAGAGUAAAUGCACUGACUAUUGAUCAGAAGGGUUUACCUACAGUACAACUGCAAAUAUGUAAUUGACUGAGAGAUCAUGAACUCAAUUAUUUUCAGCAACUGCCGUGCAACCUAGCAAUGCAAAUCACUUCAUUACAUUUUACCUGAGGUUUUCCUGAAAACCUGUGGGUUUUGUAACUCAGUGGACUGGCAUUUAAUAAAAUGUCAGUGGGAUUUUAUUUUCCAUGUAACAUGUUCUAUGUGAACACUUGUUUUUAAAUGAGAUUUUCCAAUUAAAGUUACAAACUUUGUGGAGAGAAUGAAAAUUAUUUUGCCUCAUGU